CUCAUUCGUCUACUCACUGAUAUAUAUUUUUUAAUAAGUUUUUUUUUUUUGCACAAAUUGUCAUCAUACCUUCUUUUCUGCGUUAGGGUUUUGAAGCAAAUCUCUACUUCGAUCGCGCUAAGCCUGCAGGAUUUGAUCCAAGAGUUUAAUUUCUCUCGUUCUCUUGGGUUCCGAACUCUCCUAUUCUCGCGCGUUCGACGAGUUAGGGCUUUCCUUUUUCGGCAUAGGUUAUUGGUCUUGGUCAUUAUCUGACAUCACUAGCUACUUCUUUGAGAGCUUAUUUAUAUGGACUCUGAAGCAGUUCCGGAGUUGAUAUUUGACCAGGGCCUGGGCAUAUACUAUCCUGCUGUCACCGAUUAUUAUGGUUAUUACUAUACAGGUCCUGAACCUACUCUUAAUGAGUGGGAUUCGCACCAUCAGUAUUUUGGGCAAGAUCAACAUAUUUCUGCUGUGCAAACUGAAAGUUUGCCAAAUGUAUAUUACAUUCCUAGCUAUGGAUAUGUACAGUCUCCUUACAAUCCAUAUAAUCCUUCCAUUCCUGGGGCUAUUAUGGGAAAUGAAGCCUCGUUUAUAGAAACACAUUACCCUGCUAAUCCUCCACAUCAGUUGGUUGUUUCUUCUCCUGCUUAUAUACCAGUUGGCAUUGAUUCUAGCUCAGAUACAGUUCCAAAUAGCUAUCUGAGCCCUUUAUUGACAAGUACCGGUGCAUUUCCAGCUAUGAAGCCUGAAGGUGAGAUCAAAAAGUUGGCAGCCCCAUUAGCACCUCAAUUGGCUCCUAUAAAUAGAUCUCAUGCCUCUCUAGUCGCUUCAGAGCAUUUGGCGUCCAACACAUUGCAGUCAUCAUCUAGUCAUUCUUAUACUAUUCCAAUACCAAAAGAAGUUUCAGUUGCUAAUACAGCACCAGCUAAGCAAUCUUCAGCUGGAUCCUUCAUUAAUGGUAGCCUCAAUGGUGUUAAUCAGGGAGCAAAUCAGUUGUCCAAUCUGAAGGUUCCAUCUAUGUAUCGCUCGCCAAAAGUUAGCGUACCACCGGGUAAUGGAUAUGCUAAUUAUGGGUCUGAUCUUAACCAAUGGACUACUGGGAGUACUGGGGAUAGGCUAAGGCCAAGGUUUCAAAUUGGUGGGCCUUGGGUCAAUAAGAAUGGAAGCCUUCCCGAACAAAAUAGAGGCCCUCGCACUGACAUCACAAAAUGUCGAUGGGUUUCUCCGCUUUGUGUAAAAGCAUAUACUUCGAAAGCUGGCACUGUUGAUUCUGAUGGAAAUAUUAUUAUUAGCGCAGACCAGUUUAAUAGGGAUGACUUUCCCAUCGAUUAUGAUGUUGCCAAGUUUUUUGUUAUUAAGUCCUACAGCGAGGAUGAUGUACAUAAGAGCAUCAAGUAUAAUGUAUGGUCUAGUACUCCAAGCGGAAAUAAGAGGCUCGACAAUGCAUUUGAUGAAGCACAGAAGUUAUCUCUUGGAAGGCCACAAAAAUGUCCUAUAUUUCUCUUCUUCUCGGUUAAUGCCAGUGGACAAUUCUGUGGUGUUGCCGAGAUGUCUGGUUCUGUUGAUUUUCAGAAGGACAUGGAUUUCUGGCAGCAAGAUAAAUGGCUUGGCAGCUUUCCAGUAAAGUGGCACAUAAUAAAAGAUGUGGCAAACACUAGCUUGCGGCAUAUCUUGUUGGAGAACAAUGAAUACAAGCCUGUGACAUGUAGCAGGGAUACCCAAGAGAUACCGUUAUCACAGGGAUUGGCUAUGCUGCGAAUAUUUAAGGCGGCCUCAUCAGAGACAUCAGUACUGGAUGAUUUCAUGCAUUAUGAAGAGCGUCAAAGAAUUUUGGUUGAGGAAAAAUCCAGGAUUUUUGGAAGAAGAUACAAUGCUCAAUUCUUUCCUCCUGCUUUUGUUCCCUCCAAGAAGGCUGAUUCGGAUUCUGUUGUCGAAAAAGAAGCAGUUGCCGCAGCGGAUGAAUCCACCACCGCCGCCGCUGAAUCCGCUGUGAAAGAAACAAAUUCUACAACAGAGGAGCAACGCCCACGCCCUCCAGAACAAGAUGAGAGGGAAACUCAACCAAAGGAAAAUAGCUCUUCAAGAGAAAUUAGUGAAGAUUCAGAACCGUCCGAAGCCGCCGUGCAAAGCCCAAACAAACCUACUAAUCUGGUUAUAUUGGGUCAUAGCAAGGAUCUGAUUGGGUCUCUCUUGAUUGAUUCUAAAGCGGUUGAAGAUCUAAGUAUCAGUUCUCCAAAUGAUGUGAUUACCGUUGGCUCAAUGCACAUCAAGGUUGGGAAACCUCCCUCUCCUCGCUGAUCACUUUGUAAUGCUCUUCUUCUUCUUUGGUGAAAUCAAUGGCUUCUAAUACACAUCUCGCACCACUACUAUCUGUGAUGCUGAUGCUAAUACCUCUCUCUCUCUCUCUCUCUCUCUCUCUCUCUAUUGUUUUGUGACUGAAAUGUGAGGAAUUUGACUGGUAUAGCAUGGUUGAUUUCUGAGCCAGCUGUUUUUUGGAAAAAAAAAAUUCUCCAAGAAUCGAAGGCAAUACAUUGUUAAUGUAUUAUUAUUAUAUGAUUGCGGCUCAAACAUUAAGAAUUUCA